AAACCGAAACACUCAAACCAAUAUCAUUUUGGCCUUCCAAACAGCCCUAACCUCUUACCAUGGUAGGAACUAUCAUUUCUCAUUCAAAUUUGUUCCAACAAAGGUACGGUACAUUGUAGUUUUCCGUGUGCGUUAUCAUUUCGUGUCAGCAAUUUGGAUUUGAUUUUUUUCAUGUUGGGUAACUCAUCCAUCUACUCCCGCCAACGUUUCCCUCCUAAAACAUCGCACACUUCCCAAAAAUGGACCUAAGACUUCACAGUCCACGCUGUUCAAUCUACUGCUAUUCUCUCUCCAAGUCGGGGUUUAUACUCAUUUCUCUAUCCUUUUCCCAUUUAGGGUUUAGUAUAGUGUCAGAUUCCAACAAUGGCGGCGGAGAAUACCCUUUCUAGGGUUUCCCCUAGACUUUCAAAGGCUUCAUUAUCGCCGUCUCCGUCGCCAUUGCCUCAAAAUGGUAACAUCGACUGCUCGGCUUCAAAGAUUUCGGGUAAGGAUGUGCUCCGGAAAUCGCCGAGACUAUGCACGAAUCUGGAAAAUGGCUAUGGAAUUGCCGCAAAUGGGAAUUCGAAGAAGCGGAAACCACCUGCGAAAAAGCAGAAGACGAUCUCUGAAUCUUCGAACAAGAAGAAGGGGGAAGGUUCUGGCGUUGUCUCGCUUCCCGCUGAAUCUUCGAACAAGAAGAAGGGGAAAGGUUCCGGCGUUGUCUCCGUCUUGAUCGGUGAUCCGGUCCCUGACGAUGAAGCUCGACAGAGAUGGCCUUGGCGCUACCAAAAGAAGAUCCAGCAAAACAGGGGUCAAAGCUUGAAAUCUGAUGACGAUGAUGACGAUGAGAUGAUUCUGAAUGUAAACAGCCAUUACUCUCAUGCUGAGAUUGAAAAGUGUGUCUUCAAACUUGGAGAUUGUGCUUAUGUAAAGGGCAAGGAAGGGGGACAAAAUUUUGUAGGCAGGAUACUAGAAUUUUUUAAAACAUUGGAAGGUGAAGAUUAUUUUAGGGUUCAGUGGUUCUUCAGAGCCGAAGAUACGGUAAUCAAUGAAGAGGCAGCAUCUCAUAACAAGAAGCGCCUAUUCUAUUCUACCUUAAUGAAUGAUAAUUUAUUGGAUUGCCUUGUUUCCACAGUCAAGAUUGUACAUAUAGCACCUAGUGUAAACUUGAAAUCAAAAUCUAUUCCACCCUGUGAUUUCUAUUAUGAUAUGAAAUACUCAGUGGAUUACACAACAUUCUGUACAAUGGUAACCGAUAAUUCUGCAGACAGUUGUAAUGUAUCACCGUCUCCUUGUACGAAGGCCGUUCAUAUACAUGGUAUUAAGGCUAAUUUGGAGGAAACAUCAGUUAGUAAACCUUACAAAUCAGAGCUAGCAUUGUUAGAUAUUUAUUCUGGUUGUGGUGGAAUGUCAACUGGGUUGUCACUUGGUGCCAAACUCUCUGGGGUAGAUCUUGCAACGAAAUGGGCUGUUGACAUUGAUAAAUCAGCAUGUGAAAGCUUGAAGUUAAAUCAUCCAGACACAGAAAUUAGAAAUGAAUCUGCGGAGGAUUUCCUUGACCUAUUGAAGGAAUGGGACAAACUUUGCAAACGAUAUGUAGUCAACGAUGGUGUAAAGACACAUGAACCAAAUUCUAGGGCCAUGAGAGCAGCUAAUAAGGAUAUACAUUUGAAAACUGAUAAAAGUCCAACUGGUGAAUACGAAGUUGCACGCUUGGUUGAUAUUUGUUAUAGUGAUCCCAGUGAAACAGGGAAGCGUGGGCUUAAAUUUCAGGUGCGUUGGGUGGGAUAUGGUCCCAGUGAGGACACGUGGGAGCCAGUUGAGGGGUUAAGUAAAUGCCAAGAUCGUAUACAAGAUUUCGUGUUAAAAGGCUUUAAGGCAAAAAUAUUGCCACAACCGGGAGAUGUUGAUGUUAUUUGUGGGGGACCUCCAUGUCAAGGAAUAAGUGGCUACAACCGCCAUAGAAAUGUUGAUUCUCCUUUGGAUGAUGAAAGAAAUCGUCAAAUUGUAGUCUUCAUGGAUAUUGUGAACUUUUUAAAGCCCAAAUAUGUUCUAAUGGAAAAUGUGGUUGACAUUUUGAGGUUUGCCAAGGGUUGUCUUGGAAGAUAUGCUAUAAGUCGUUUGGUUCGUAUGAAUUACCAAGCAAGGCUAGGAAUUAUGGCUUCUGGUUGUUAUGGUCUUCCUCAAUUCCGUUUGCGUGUUUUUUUGUGGGGCGCUCAUUGUCAUGAGAAAUUACCCCAGUUUCCACUUCCUACACAUGAUGUGGUUUUGAGAUACGGGGCGCCUAGUGAGUUUGAGCGUAGUGUUGUUGCUUAUGAUGAAAGUCAAUCUCGGGAUUUAGAAAAAGCUCUUGUUCUCAGUGAUGCCAUCUCUGAUCUUCCUCCAGUCAUGAACCAUGAAAUUUGUGAUAAGAUGUCAUACAAAAAGCCUCCAGAAACAGAGUUUCAAAAAUAUAUCAGAGCAACGAGAUCUGAAAUGAUCCCCAGUGGUACAGCUGGACCAGAAAAGUCAGCUUUAUAUGAUCAUCGGCCUCUUCCAUUGUGUGAGGAUGAUUAUUUGCGAGUUUGUCGGAUCCCACAAAGAAAGGGAGCAAAUUUUAGGGAUCUCCCAGGUAUUGUUGUUGGGGCUGAUAAUGUUGUGAGAAGGGAUUCGACGAUGAAGCCAGAACCGAUGCCAUCUGGAAAGCUAUGGGUACCUGAUUAUGCAAUAAACUUUUCGGGUGGAAAGUCUACAAGACCAUUUGCCCGAUUAUGGUGGGAUGAAACGGUGCCAACUGUGUUGUGUCGACCAGAUCCUCACAGCCAGGCAAUUUUACAUCCUGAGCAAGACAGAGUCCUUACAAUUCGUGAGUGCGCGAGGUUGCAAGGAUUUCCUGAUUAUUAUCAGUUUUGUGGGGAUGUGAAGGAAAGAUACUGUCAAGUGGGGAAUGCGGUGUCUGUUCCUGUUGCUCGUGCUCUAGGAUAUGCAUUGGGAAUGGCUGUGAGAAAGCUGAGUGGAGAUGAACCUCUCAUGACUCUCCCGCCCAAAUUCUCCCAUUCCACAACUAUUCAGUUGUUGCAGUCUUCAUCCAACGAAGCUUGAUUGGCAUUAUUAUUUUCAGAAUCAGAAAAACUCAUUUCCGGUGGACGUAGGAACAUUGCUUAACCAAGUUAAAUUCUUGUGUUCAUAGUAUAUAAAGCAUGCUAGGAAUUAAGUCACAUGAAGCGGAAGCGUGAGAGUAACAAAAUCUAAAAUUUGGUUAGAACGGGAGAAAAUUUGGUUAGAACGGGAGUCUCUAGAGUGAAAUAUUCUCAAUAUUUGUAUGAUAUGAUUUGUGAAAUAGUACAAAUGUAAUUUCAUAAGCGUUAGAAAAUGUGUUAAAGCUAUAAUUAACCUUAUUUUUUCUAUAUUUAGACAUACAUAACAUUAGUGAUAAUCUGUUUACUUAAAGACUUUAAAUUUCAUAAUGAAAUGAAUAAAAGAAUUAUAAAAUAAUAAACGUCUUACCUAA